UUGCCACACUGCCAAGCAAGCGGACAUUAAAAACAGCACACAUUGAUGAUGACUGGACCCAGAGGGUCAUCAGAAACAAAAAUGCAUCGCGGGAUGGUGGCCUCUGCCCAAAUUGCUGUCCAAAAACUUUCUGCUUUGGGCUAUAUGCCCAUAUUAUUCUUUAGCCAGAGGCACAAGGGCACAGGCAAGUUAGUGGCAAACGCAGUCACGCAUCUGCCACCAACGCAAACCAACAUGCGUGUAUUAACCAGCAUGAAGAAGGCCUACGACUUCAUUAUCAAACUGGAUGAUGUGCCCCAGCCCCAGCCCCAACAAGACCAGCCCCUCGCCCAAGACCAGCCCCUCCCCCAAGACCAGCCCCUCGCCCAAGACCAGCCCCUCCCCCAAGACCAGCCCCUCGCCCAAGACCAGCCCCUCGCCCAAGACCAGCCCCUCGCCCAAGACCAGCACCUUCCCCUAGACCACCCCAUCCCGCAAAACCAGCCCACCCCCCCAGACCAGCAACUUAUUACUUUAAACCUAUUCCCGAUUCCCCCAGACUCAGCUCAUGCUCAGCUGCAUAUGGAGCCUCUACCACCCAGGAAAAGACAAACGAAAGGCAGAGAAGCCUCACCCUCAACCCUUGCCAAAAAGAAGAAAACAAAAAGUUGCAAAUGCAGUCGACAGACAAUUUAUCCGUAUGAAAAAAUAUUGGAGAGACGGAUGAAUGGGGGGAAGGCAGCAGAGGUCAAAGUGCGCUGGCUGCCUUGCGCUUCCUGUGGCAGAGUCUGGGAAGACACCUGGGAGCCGGCCAGCAAAUUUGCCUGAUGACCUUUUUUUUUAUGUUUUGUAUAUUUGUUUUACUAUUUGUUUUGUAUAUUUGGUCAG